AUGGUCGAAGGGAGAAUUGGUUUUCAUCCUCAGUGCAAGGAGGUGAAUCUUUCCCACUUGAGUUUGGCUGAUGAUAUCGUGGUCUUUACGGAUGGUACACCAGAGUCUCUUCAUGGUACUCUUCAAGUCUUCGAUGACUUUGCUACAAUGUCGAGGAUAAAUGUAGCAAAGUCUACUGUUUUCUCUGCCGGGAGAGGGAAGCAGGUACUAGACGGUGCUGCAGCGACUUCGGGUCUCUCCAUCUCUGCUCUACCUAUCAAGUAUCUUGGGCUUCCCCUCACAACUAAAAUCAUGACCAGAAGUGAUUAUGAGCCGCUUAUCGCGAAGAUCAGGAACCGGCUCCUCUCUUGGUCUAGUAAAGCCUUGUCUUAUGCAGGGAAACUGGUGCUUAUAAAAGUGGGUCACCAAACAUCACAACGAGGGCCAAAGUCUCUUGGGAGGAGGUAUGUUGUCCGUAUGAUGAAGGUGGUUUGGGCAUUCGUCGGGUGGCAGAUGGCGCAAGAGAUUUUACGCUUUGAGGUUAAGGAUGGAAAUACAGCUAGGUUCUGGACGGACCUAUGGCACCCGCUGGGCAGGCUUAUUGAGUUUGUUGGCGAAAUUGGCACGCAAGGGUUGGGUCUUAGAAGAGAUGUGAGGAUCCGUGAGCCCCAACUCACUCUCAUUCUCAUCUUGCCAUUCAGGUACAGUGUAACUUAUAUCAAGAUUGAAUACGAAAAUAAUGGAAAAGAUGAAGUCCGUGAACACGGGACAAACCGGGGGGAGCUAAAAGAGUUCUCGGUGAACUAUCCGGAAGACAAUAUUGUCUCCGUUGGUGGAACCUACAAUCAUAUCUUCAACUAUGAUACAACGCUUAUUACAUCUUUGUACUUCACCACCUCCAAGGGAUAUACCUCUCCAUUAUUUGGUGUGGCCAAGGGAAAAGAGUUCGAGCUCAAAGGUGAAAAUGGAGAAAAGCUUCGUGGAAUUUAUGGACGUGGUGGUACUGCUAUCGAUGCCUUUGGGGCUCACUUUGGACCGCUUGGUGGUAACAAGGGUAACACAUUCGACGAUGGUUUUUUCGAUGGUGUGAAAAAAUUAACCAUUGGAGCAGAUGAGUACAGUAUAGUUUAUAUGAAGAUCGAAUACCAAAAGGAUGGAAAAGUCGUAGUCCGUGAACAUGGGACGUUUGACGGGAUUCUAAAAGAGUUCUCGGUGAACUAUCCGGAAGACAAUAUUGUAGCUGUUGGUGGAAGCUACAAUCAUAUUUUCAAAUAUGAUACAACGCUUAUCACAUCGUUGUACUUCACAACCUCUAAGGGAUUUACCUCUCCAUUAUUUGGUGUGAAAAAAGGAAAAGACUUCGAGCUCAAAGGUGAAAAUGGAGGAAAGCUUCUUGGAAUUUAUGGACGUGAUGGUACUGCCAUUGAUGCCAUUGGGGCUCACUUCGAGACUGGUUCUGGUUAAAAAAUCGCCGGUUUUCAUGGGGUCCAUUAUCGCCAAUUACAGGCUUGCCAUUUAAAUCCUUUUUCUUUGGUUACAUAAAAUAAGGCCAUCCGAAGUCUGCUUUUACCAUGCUUGUGUGUUUGUGUGUUAUAAUA